UUCUCAAAUGCGUUUUUUCCUCUCUUCUCUUAGUUUUUCCUCCUCCUGUCUAAGGCCUGACUGAGCACAACUAGGGUAGUUUUCGUAGCAGACGUCUCCACGCAGCCAUGGCAGCGACGUCAGAGAAAAUACCCAUUGCUUUAGCUGGUCCCGAGGAUUUACAGCAGUUUAUGCCACCUGCUUACACAGCGGUGACUGUCAAGCCCUCUCACUCGGGACGUCUGCUUAAAGUUGGAGUUGCGGUGCUUAUUGUUGGAGCUGCGCUUCUCCUUUUUGGAGCCAUUGGGGCUUUCUAUUUCUGGAAUGUCAACGACAAGCAUGUGUACAAUGUCCAUUACAGCAUGAGCAUCAAUGGGAAGGUGGAGGAGGGGUCCAUGGAGAUUGACCCUGUGAACAACCUUGAGAGGUUCCGUACUGGGAGCGGAAGUGAUGAGGCCAUGGAGGUCCAUGACUUUCACAUUGGUAUCACUGGAAUCCGCUUCGCCAGUGGAGAAAAGUGCUAUAUCAAGACUCAAGCCAAGGGUCAGCUCCCUGACGUGGAGAGCCUGAACAAGGACUCAUUGAUGUUUGACUUGGAGGACGAGAUAAUGCCAGCCAAGUUUGAGGAGGAGUCUCUCAUAUGGGUGGCCUCUGGGACGCCUCUCAAGGACAGCAGCUUCCUGAGCACCAAGAUCCUGGACCUCUGCGCUGACCUGCCAAUCUUCUGGCUCAGGCCCACCUACCGCAAUGGAGGGCAGAAGAAAAGAAGAGCCCUCCCGUCACGUGCCAGGCGUCAGGUGGUCGGUCCGGAGGACGAGGAGCCGGUUGAGGAGGAGCCGCCCUUCAACCCUGAGAACCCCUAUCACCGCGGCAUGGAGGGUGAGGAGGGCACCAUGACCUUUGACCCGAUGCUGGACCACACCGGUGUGUGCUGCACGGAGUGCCGGCGAAGCUACACCCAGUGCCAGCGCAUCUGCGAGCCCCUGGGCGGCUACCACCCCUGGCCUUACCACUACCGCGGCUGCCGCGUGGCAUGCCGAGUCAUCAUGCCCUGCCGCUGGUGGGUCGGGCGCAUCCUGGGCAUCCUCUAAGGCCCUGGCACCAAGCAGCGCUACGCCUUCGAGCUGACUGUGCCAGAGUGCAUGGCCAGUAAGAGAGUGUAUUAUAGAGUUCCCUCAACACCUUGUGCAGACUCUGGCAUUGAGGCAACACAUUUUUGUGAGUUGUGAUCCGUACAGUUAGUUCAUGUGUCUCAUCAUUUCAACUAGAAUUAAAUGGUAGAGAAUGACAGAUGUAACUUUCAAAGCAAAAUGCAUCAUAGUUGCGAAGGAUGAGGACAGAGUUUCUUUAUCAUAAUUCUAACUUGUCCUUGGAAAACUGAAGUGGGCAUUUUAUAUUGGCUUUCAUUAAGACACUCAAUAUUGUGUACCUUCAUUCAAGAAGACAAAAGUAACAGAUAUAUAUGUAUUUAUGAAAGUAUCUUUAUCUGAAUUGUAUUCCAAAAUGCAAUAUGUUGUAUGUUCUUUAUGUAAAUACAUGUGCAAUUUUUCAUCGGCAUACUGCUAGCCUUUAGAACAGCAGAGGUAGUGCAUUCACUCUUAUGACUGUAUUUAAAAUAUUCUGUCUGUCUUGGAAACAAUUAAUAUUCCAAAAUAUUCCUUCAGAUGUAAUGCAAGAGAAUCCUAUGCUGUCUUUAUAUGACAUCAUAUGUAUUAAAGUGCCUUUUAAAAAUGCAGCAGCAAACAAUAAAAGUUCUUGUUUUUUUAA